AUGACAGAUAUUCAAGAAAUUGAGCAGUGGGAAAAAGCAUUGAAUGAAGAACUCAAAGGGCUGAAAUUUUGCAAGCACAAAGUCAAUGACGACGCUGAAAUCCCUUCACAAAUAAAAUACAAAUUAGCUGAUAUCAUUACUUCUUUGAAAGCGGGGAUCAUGAGAGUCCUCGUAAAAAUUUCCAAAAUUAAGGGUAAAGAUCUAGAAAUUAGUGAAAACGAAAACAAAGUGGCUAGAAUAAGGCAUGAAUAUAUUCAAAUUAUGAAUAAUGUAGACAGAUUACUGUCAACUGUUGGUGUCAAGAAUUUUGAGCCUAGAUACCUGCACUCAACUUAUAAUUCUCGGCAUAGAAGCUCAUCUCCUCAAUGGGUGAAGCACGAAGAUGAAACUCUGACUAAACUAAAAACUGAAAAACGCAUUGAAAAAAGCAGCAGUGAGCAAAAAAUCAAAACUCGUGGAUUUUGGUCAAAAGAGUUUGAACAAAUUAAAAAGACGCUAAAAAGUGUGAAAAAAUAUUCAAAAGUUCAUAGGCAUAUUGAAUAUGAGGAAAAAUUGGCAAGUCUCCAAGGAGAAAAUAAUCAGCUGAAAAUAGAUUUAGAGAAUUUGAAAAGUGAACAGCAGACCACUUUCGAAAGCAUUAGAAAAUUGACAGAAAGAAUAGAAUAUUUGGAGAAAGGCCCUCAAAUUGCUUCAAGCGCAGAUAAUCAAGGAACUAAAAAAGAAAGAUACUUGCUGAAGUCUCCCAAACAAGAAGAAGAAAAGGUUUAA